AUGAAUUCCGGGGCCAUCAGCUUAUGCGGAUCCUUAUAUCCUGGUCAGUGUGGCACGAGAAAUUUUACGCGAGCUGAAUUCAUCGCGCCUUAUACCAAUCACGGGGUAGACCUGAGCACGGCGCUUUUUCACCGCCAUGGAAACAGGUGGAGCCACCAAGGCAUAACAUUUUUUUGGCUGCCCGGGUUUGUAAUAGAAGAAGACGCACCGAUAUUGCGCAAGAGUUUCCUUCAAUCGGCGAAUAGGGCCACCAUUGUUUCCGAUCUAAACCGCAAACCGUACGUCACGGCUCUCAAAUACAAGGCAAACAGGUAUGCAAUGCGCAGGUGGACCCCCGCAGCAUGA